GGUGUUGUCCAAAAUGGAGGUGAAGACAUCACUUCUCGACAAUAUGAUAGGGGUGGGCGAUAUGGUCCUCAUUGAGCCCCUAUCAGAAGACACCUUCAUUGAGAAUCUAAAGAAGCGAUUCGAUCACAACGAAAUCUAUACAUACAUUGGCAGUGUGGUGAUCUCAAUGAACCCCUACAAGUCCCUGCCCAUCUACACAGCAGAAAAGGUGGAGGAGUAUCGCAACAGGAACUUCUAUGAGCUCAGUCCACACAUUUAUGCUCUGGCAGAUGAGGCCUACCGGUCCCUGCGGGAACAAGAUAACGACCAGUGCAUUCUCAUCACUGGAGAGAGCGGAGCAGGAAAGACGGAGGCCAGUAAGUUUGUGAUGUCAUAUGUAGCGGCAGUGUGUGGGAAGGGCCAGGAGGUGAACAAAGUGAAGGAGCAGCUGCUUCAGUCCAAUCCCGUGCUUGAGGCUUUUGGGAACGCCAAAACCGUGAGGAAUGACAACUCGUCUCGAUUUGGGAAGUACAUGGAUAUCGAGUUUGACUUCAAAGGAGACCCCCUUGGUGGAGUCAUCAGUAAUUAUCUCUUGGAGAAAUCCCGUGUGGUAAAGCAGCCCAGGGGUGAGAGGAAUUUCCACAUCUUCUACCAGCUGCUUUCUGGAGCAUCAGAUGACACGCUCAAAAAACUGAAGCUGGACCGAGACUUCAGUAAAUACAACUACCUUAGCCUGGAUUCGGCAACAGUCAAUGGACUGGACGAUGCUGCCAGUUUCAGAACAGUCAGAAACAUUUCCCAUAUGUAUGAUUGAAUUGUGUCAUUGUCCUCCGAGGUUCAGUCAAUACUGGAGCUGGUGGCUGCUGUUCUCAAACUGGGAAAUAUCGAGUUUAAACCAGAGUCUCGUUGCAACGGCUACGAUGAGAGUCGAGUCAAGGACAAGAACGACCUGAAAGAGAUGUGUGAGCUGCUGGGCAUUGAGCAGUCUGUGCUAGAGAGAGCAUUCAGCUUCCGGACCGUGGAGGCCAAGAUGGAGAAAGUGUCCACCACGCUCAAUGUGGCUCAGGCCUAUUAUGCUCGUGAUGCUCUUGCCAAAAACCUUUACAGCCGACUGUUCAGCUGGCUGGUGAACCGAAUCAAUGAAAGCAUCAAGGCUCAAACCAAAACACGCAAGAAAGUUAUGGGAGUCCUGGAUAUUUACGGUUUUGAAAUCUUUGAGGAGAACAGUUUUGAACAGUUCAUCAUCAACUACUGCAAUGAGAAGCUCCAGCAAAUCUUCAUCGAGCUUACUCUCCGCGAGGAGCAGGAGGAGUAUGUCCGUGAGGAUAUUGAGUGGACCAACAUUGAGUAUUUCAACAACGCCAUCAUAUGUGACCUCAUCGAGAAUAACAAGAAUGGAAUUUUGGCCAUGUUGGAUGAGGAGUGUUUGAGGCCAGGCACAGUAACAGAUGAGACUUUCUUGGACAAGUUGAACACUGUGUGUGCUGAACACCAGCACUUUGAGAGCAGACAGAGCAAAAACUCUAAGUUCCUCACGGACCACAGCCUACCACACAACUGUUUCCGCAUCCAGCACUAUGCUGGCAAGGUGCUGUAUCGGGCGGAGGGAUUUGUGGAUAAAAACAAUGACCUCCUCUACAGAGAUUUAUCCCAGGCCAUGUACAAAGCCAAUCACAGCCUGAUAAAGAUUCUCUUUCCUGAGGGAAACCCAGCUAAAGUGAACCUCAAGCGGCCCCCCACAGCUGGAUUCCAGUUCAGAGCCUCAGUGGGAACGCUCAUGAAGAACUUGUUGACCAAGAACCCCAACUAUAUCAGGUGCAUCAAGCCCAAUGACAAGAAAGCAGCCCACAUUUUUACAGACUCACUAGUGUGUCACCAGGUGCGCUACCUGGGUCUGAUGGAGAAUGUGCGUGUACGAAGGGCUGGUUAUGCUUUCCGCCAGGCCUACGAUCCCUGUCUGGAACGCUACAAGAUGCUCUGCAAGCAGACCUGGCCCCACUGGAAGGGCCCAGCCAGGGAGGGUGUUGAGGUUCUCCUGACAGAUCUGCAGGUUCCUGCUGAGGAGUUUGCCUAUGGACGUUCAAAGAUCUUCAUCAGGAACCCAAGAACGCUCUUCUUCUUGGAAGAGAAGAGGAGUCGGUGCCUAGAGGAUUUGGCAACGCUCAUCCAGAAGAUCUUCCGUGGCUGGAAGUGCCGCACUCACUUUCUCCUGUUAAAGAAGAGCCAGGUGGUGGUGGCCGCCUGGUACCGAAGAUUUGCGCAACAAAAGAAGUACCAGAACAUCAGGUCCUCUGCCUUAGUUUUUCAGUCAUUCAUCCGAGGAUGGAAGGCCCGGAAGCUUCUGCGUGAGCUGAAACACAAGAAGCGGUGCGAAGAGGCCGUCACAACCAUCUCAGCAUACUGGCAUGGAACUCAGGCUCGCUGGGAACUGCGGCGUCUUAAGGAGGAGGCACGGAAUAAACAUGCCGUGUCUGUCAUUUGGGCAGCUUGGCUUGGAACUAAGGCACGUAGAGAGCUGAAAUGCUUGAAGGAGGAAGCCAGGCGUAAGCACGCCGUCGCUGUCAUUUGGGCCUACUGGUUGGGACUAAAGGUCCGUCGGGAAUACAGGAAGUUCUUCAGAGCUAAUGCUGGCAAGAAAAUCUAUGACUUCACCAUCCAGAGAAUUAUACAGAAGUACUUCCUGGGCUUGAAGAAGACGAUGCCUUCCAUGUCACCGAUUGAUAAGAGCUGGCCAGCUCGCCCCUACGGUUUCCUGGACAGGACACAUCAAGAGCUCAGGAGAAUUUUCCAUCUGUGGAGGUGUAAGAAAUACCGCAGCCAGUUCACAGAAGAGAAGAAGGCUACCUACAAGGAGAAGCUUGCGGCUAGUGAACUCUUCAAAGAUAAGAAGGCCUUGUAUCCUAGCAGUGUGGGGCAGCCUUUCAAAGGAGACUAUGUGGAGAUAACAAAAAACCCAAAGUACCAGAAGCUGAACAGCUUUGCAGAGGAUAAAGUUCUGCUUGCAGAUGUGGUCAGCAAAAUCAACCGUGCCAAUGGCAAGGGAGCUCCAAGAAUUUUCCUCCUGACCAAGAAGAGCUUGGUUCUAGCUGAUCAGAAGACGGGCCAGGUGAAGGCCAGCGUUCCCCUGCUGGACCUCAGCAGUGUUUCUGUGAGCACGCAGAACGAUGGCUUUUUCGCCCUCAAGCUCAAAGAGGGUUCUACGUCUGCAGCCAAAGGGGACUUCUUGCUGAGCAGUGAUCGGCUGAUUGAGAUUAUCACCAAACUUCAUUGCAUUGGUGCUACUUCAGCUGACAGAAACCAGAUCAGUAUCGAUAUUUCAGAUGAGUUCUUAGUGCAGUUCAAGCAGGACAAAGUGUGUGUAAAAUUCAUCCAGGGUACACCAAAGAAUGGCAACGGUGUCGCCUGCAAGCGUAAAAACAACCGUCUUCUGGAAGUGUCCGUUCCAUCACCAUAAGGAGCGAUCAGCUCGGCCUACUGAGUGGUGUCAUCUCUGAGAUUCUUCACCCUCCCCCAGUCUUGUAACGAUUGUGCAAUUAUAUUGAUCCUGUCAUUUUUGAUUCUAUAUAGUCAAAUCAGCAGGUUUCUGGCACCUAAAUAUUUUACUGCCUCCCUGUUUUUAAUAGUGGGGUAAAAGUGCAUCGUUCUCUCUUCCCAGUUUGUGGGACUCAUGAGAACUAGUCUUUAAUUUAAAUGAUGAUAAUAAUAACAAUAACCAUUAUGAUUAUAGUGAAAUGCUUUGAGGCUGGCAUUGGCGAAGAUUCGCUUGGUGGAUCUCACCUCAUGCUCUGCUCAGCAAUAGCCAUGUGCUUGAACCAUUGUGUUUGCGUGAGCCUCUUGCUGAGAGAAACUUUGUAAAUAGAGAUGCUGAUAGGGUUUUGUUGGGCUCCUAGAAGGAUGCUGAAAAGCUACAAAAUUUAAGAUUGCACUUUUUCACUAGGGUGGUGGUCAGGAAAAAUUAGUUGGUUGGUUCGUUUGUUUGUGUUUAUUUUUCUGUUCUAUUCUCAUCUUGUGUUUCUAGCGCAGAACAGUCAUUUAUGGAGGGGGGGGGACUCGUCUGACUUUUGCCAAAUGAUAAGGCAAUUUUACAAUCCAAAACCUUGUGCCAUUUAGCUGUUCCUCCUCAGGAGAAAGAUGUUAUCUUGUAUACAUUAUAGUGCAGACACUUUGUUAUUUAUAAGCCAAAUAAUAAUGAUUCUGUUCAGUUUCAUGAUAAAUGCCAAACAAUAUCAUUUUAAAUCCUGCUUUUUCACAUGUUUGCUUUAUUCUUUACAUACAUUAAAUCAGGGUAUUAUCAUGAAAACCACUUGUCACGGAAAUGCGAUGCACUAUACCUGCAUUGUUCGUAUAUAUUCAUGCAGGGCAUCAUUUUAUUCAUGUGGCCAAAAUACUGACCCUGCGUUUAUAAUGGAAUUUCCAAUGCUGUAAAGAUCUCCACUAAAAAGAUCUCCACAGCAAUUAUGCUUAUGUGGAAAUGCCUCCAUAUAGCAUGAAGACUUGAUUCUCACAUCUGGGUUGACUUGGACCAGUAGUCAAGACAGCUGGUGAACGCUUGUUUCAGAAGGCCUUACAGAAGAAAAACUGAUGCUAAUAACCUGAAUGCUAAAGCCCUGGCUGGUACGAUCUUUGCUAAGUCCGCUUCAGUCAGUCCCUUUACUUAAAGCUGCAUGUACAUGAGCUGUAGAAUUUGUGUGAACCUUGUAUAGAAGGAGGCUAAUAGUAGGUGGUAUGUUGACCUAUAGCUGUAUUUUGGCAAAAUCUAUAUGCUUUUUUGCCACUGGAAUGUGGGCUGCAUCAUUUUAUUUUUGGCUCACUCACAUCUGCUAAUAAUAAAUGCAGUGUUUUUCUUAACGUCUGACCCACAUCAUGGUAUUUUUUUUUUUUUUAAGGAGUGCAAACAGCCAUGCAUUCUUUGGACGCAAGG